AGUCAACCUCUCUCCGAUUCUUCAAUGUGGGAUCACAUUUUCCAACAUUGAAAAUGACAAUUAUGAAGCAAUUACAAUCAUGGCAUAAGAAAUUUUCAAUGAUUUUCCUUGAAAUUACAUUGCAAGAAAUCUGAUCAGAGACCAAAGAGCUAGUCAAGCUCUUCUCAUAGAAUAUACAUAAACUUAACAAAUACAUUUCUCUUCAAUUCCUGUCCAUUAUUCUGAAGACUCUAAAUUAAAAUUAUUAUUACUCCAUAAGAGAACUAUGGAUGUGUCAGUAAUUCUAACACUGAUACAAUGUCUGAUCCAAUUGCUUGAUUCUCCUAUUGGAGAGGAAAUCGGAUCAUUAUGGGGUUACAAAUCUCAGCUCGAGAAACUCAAGGAUACCCUGUCGACAAUUAGAGCUGUUCUUCUUGAUGCCGAUAAGUUAGAGAGGGAGCAACUUGAGCUUAGUCAUGUACUUCAAGAUAAGCUUCAAAGGCUCAAGGAAGUUGUUUACCAAGCUGAUGAUUUGUUGGACGAAGUCUCUACUAUUGCUCAGCGUAAGAAGCUUAUGCGGGGCAACAAAAUGAGCAAAGAAGUAGGUCAUUUCUUUUCUCGCUUUAAUCAGUUCUAUUCUGCGUUUAAUAUGUCUCGCGAGAUUAGAAAGAUUAGGAUGAUCUUGGAUGAUAUAGCCAAAGAUCAUCAUGACUUUGGCUCAAGACAACAUUGGGGUGUUGAGGUGAGCCAGGUGACACAUGAAAGGGAUACUCAUUCUUUUGUUCAUGAGGGAGAUGAUAUUUUAGGGCGAGAUGAUGAUAAGAGAAAAGUGAUCGAUAUGUUGCUAGACAAUUCUACUACCGAGUAUAUUUCAUUUGUGACCAUAGUUGGGAUGGGAGGUUUGGGGAAAACCACUCUUGCCCAACUUGUGUAUAAUGACGAGAGAGUUGAAAGGGAAUUUCCGUUGAAGAUGUGGGUUUGUGUGUCUAUUGAUUUCCAUACCAAAUUGCUCCGUAAAAUUCUAACAUCAGUGACGAAUCAGACUGAACAUUAUGGUCUAGAAAUGGAGCAGCUCCAGAGAAAGCUUCGGCAAGAACUUGAGGGUAAGAAGUACUUGCUCGUUUUGGAUGAUGUCUGGGAUGAGGAUUUUGAUAAGUGGAGUAAGUUGAAAAUUCUGUUGAUGGGAGGUGGAAGAGGUAGUAGAAUUAUAGUGACAACACGCUCUAAGAUCGUAGCACAUGUGGUUGGAAAUCGCUACACAUAUGAAUUGUCGGGUCUCUCAGAGAAGGACUCGUGGAAUUUGUUCAAGAGGAUGACACUUGAAUCAAGGGAACAUGAAAUGGAGCCAUACUUGAUCAAAACCGGAAAAGAGAUUGUUCGCAAGUGUGCGGAUGUUCCACUUGCCAUAAGGGUAGUUGGAAGUCUUCUUCGAGGCCAGGGGAAAACUAGAUGGCAAUAUUUGAAGAACACCGACUUGGCAGACAUAAAACAGGACGAGAAUGACAUAGUCCGUACAUUAAAGAUGAGUUAUUCUUAUCUUCCGUUACAUUUGAAGAGCUGUUUUAGUUUUUGUGCCAUAUUUCCCAAGCAUUAUAGGAUCAAGAAGGAGGAAUUGAUUAGUCUUUGGAUGGCACUCGGUUUCAUAAUGCCUUCAAAUGGAGAGAGUCCAGAAGUUGUCGGUGAGGACUACUUCAUGACUUUACUGCAAAGAUGCUUUUUCCAAGACGUAGAACGAGCUGAUAGUGGUGAAAUCUUGUCUUGCAAAAUGCACAGUUUGAUUCAUGAUCUUGCUACAGAAAUAGCAGGACAAGAAGUUUUGAGAUUCAAAAACGAUUCAAGCUGUUCUUAUACAAAAACUCGCCAUUUAUUUGUGGAUCGGACUCUCAAAAGAAAAGAUUCUAGAAGGAACUUGACCUUAAUGAAAAGGGUGCGUACGAUGUUGAUGAUGAGUUACCCUGCUCCUUUAGAAACCCUUGAUAUGCUGUUGCCGACAAUGCGAUAUUUAAGGGUCUUGGAUUUGCAUAAGAGUUCAUUUGAUAAGUUUCCGAGCAUGAUCGGCAGAUUACUGCAUCUAAGAUACCUAGACCUCUCUUGGAACCAUAAGUUAUCGGUAUUGCCCUCGUGCAUUACUGAUCUUUAUAAUUUGCAGACGUUAAUGUUACGUGGCUGCACAAGACUUGAAGAGUUGCCAAGGGACUUUUGGAAAUUAGUCAAUCUUAGGUGUCUGGAUAUUUUCGAUUGCACUAGUAUGACAUAUAUGCCUCCCGGGAUGAAUAGUAUGAUACGUCUGCAUAAGCUGACUAUGUUUUUAGUGGGUGGCCGAAGCAAUGCAGGUGGACUAAACGACUUGAAAUGCCUCAACAACCUGAGCGGCAGUUUGGAAAUCAAGGUCCAUGAAGAUUUGGUGCAUGAUGCAACAGAGGCUAUGCUAGGAGGAUAUCUAAUAAACAAGCUGAAUUUAAGAAGUAUAAACAUAUGCUGGGCGCAGAAGCAUCGUAGAACUGGGAACUCGAGUUAUAUCGAAGAUGACAGCAAGGGAACUAACGCAGAAGAAUUACUGCGUGGCAUGCAACCCCAUUCUAAUCUUCGAAAGUUAGGAUUGAUGGAUUAUCCUGGUGUGAAGUUUCCAAGAUGGAGGAGCUUAUCAACGAAUCUCAAAACUUGUCUGCCAAAUCUUGUUGAUAUAGAACUUGAUGGAUGUAAAGGGUUGGAGCACCUUCCAUUGUUGAGCCGAUUGCGUUGUUUGAAUGGCCUUCGGCUUGUCGGAUUGAAGAAAUUGGAGUAUGUGGAGAGUUGUAGUAGCGGAGAUAGCACUCCACCGGCAUCAGUAAUGUUAACAAGAUUAGCAUUAGACGAUGAGCCGGUGUUUUUUCCAUCCCUUGAAAAGCUUGUGUUAGGAUGUAUGAAUGAGUUAAAGGGUUGGCGUGCAGAAACAGGCAACGAAUACACAAUUGAAAGAAUGCCAUCAUUUCCUCGGCUAUCUUAUCUACAUAUAUGGUCAUGUAGGAACCUGACAGCUAUUCCUUUGUGCCCGAAACUGGAAAAACUGGAGUUGAACAGAUUCAACGUAGCAAUGAGCCCUAUGGCUCGACAGGAAAUUGAGAGGAAUCGUGUUACUGAUUACGUUCCUGAUGAUGGUUCUUCAACUUCUAUUACUCGACGGUGGGAACAGGGGCAACAUCAGCACAUAUCAGGAGGGCUAAAAGAAGUCAAGAUAGAUAAAUUAGGAUAUCUGAAUUCCUUGCCCCUUGAUUCCUUUCAGUUCCUUUCUCAUUUAAUGAUAAGAGGUGAUCAUGAUAUGGAGAGACUGACGAUAGGGGAAGUAGGAAAGGUAUUCCGAAGUCACAGGUUGUCGUCUCUUCGCUCACUAGUUAUUUCAGAUUGCUCCAAACUGAAGACACUAUCAGGACGAGGAGUGUGGGAGAAUUUCACUGCCCUUGAGAGCCUACAAUUGAAGUUGCUUUGCGAGUUGGAGCUGGACGAUAAUGCUGAUACUGAUGGUGGCGUUCCAUGGAAAUACCUUCAUAACAGUCUUCAUUCAUUGUUAUUAUGGUAUCUCCCAAAGCUAGUGAAGCUACCAAAGGGAAUGCACCAUUUGACUGCUCUUCAAUCUCUCCGAAUUUCAAAUUGUGAGAGUUUUGAAGCCCUACCACCAUGGAUAGCUUGCUUGUCGUCUCUCGAAUCCCUGGUGAUUACAAAUUGCAGGAAACUGAUAUCGUUACCGGAGGAGAUGCACCACCUCACUUCCUUACAGCACCUUGAUGUGCAGGAAUGUGCAUCAGAGUUAAAAGAAAGAUGCUCAGAAUCAACUGGUGUCGACUGGCCUAAAAUCCAACACAUCCCCCGCAUUGAUGUCUGAAAAAAAGGUAGACUAGCAUUGGUGAAUUUGAGAAUGAACAUUAGCUGAUGUAAAUCAUUGAUAUAUUAUGAAAUCAUCCAGAUUAAACCAUAGUAUCUUAUUGGAUCACACGAGGGAGUUAGCUAGUGAAGUAUU